UUCAGUGCAAAAACAGCAGCUGAAAUGGCCAUUAAGUCUCUGAUUCUGCUUAGUGCCUUGGUGGGAUUCACCCUGGCGGUGGACUACUGUGCCCUGCCCACUUGUCUGGACAAGCACAUCGCCUGCAACAACAAAGGGAACUUCAGCGAAAACUGCCCCAAGGAUGUGCGUGAAGUGAAGAUUGAACCGCACCACAAACUGAUCCUGACCCUCUUCAACGAACUCCGCAACAACGUGGCUGGAGGAAGAGUGGAAGGCCUACCGAAGGCUGUUCGCAUGGCCAAGAUGUCCUGGUGCGAGGAGCUUGCCCACCUGGCACUGCUCAACGUGCACACCUGUGAAUCCCUGCCGGACAAGUGCCGCAGCACGGAGAGAUUCGCCUACGCCGGACAGAACAACGCAAUCUUUAGCUACAGUGGGGCCGAGUCGGAGUACACCGAUGCGGAGAUUCUGAAGGAGCAGAUCGAGAACUGGUUCGCCGAGCGCCUGAAUGCCUCUCCCGAGAUCCUGGCCAGCUUCCCGGAGGAGCUGCCCAACAGGGCUGUGGCCAAGUUCACCGUUGCCGUUGCGGAGAAGAACACCCACGUGGGAUGUGCCGCCGUGCGCUUCUCCCGGGACUUUUACAACCACUUCGUGCUGACCUGCAACUUCGCCACCUCGAAUAUCGUGGGUCAGCCCGUCUAUACUCCGGGAGAGAAGGCCGCCACUGGAUGCAGGAACCGAUAUGGUGCCGCCUACGACUACCCCAGUUUGUGCUACGCCAAGGAGAUCUACGACAACGAGAAGAUCAUUGAAAACGCCAGAGUUUUCUAGGUUGACCAAGAAAUAGGAAUAUCCACAUGACUACGGAACGGAAGCUUUAUUAAUAUCAUAGAUUACAUAUGUACUUAAAUGCGGCUGACAAUAAUGAUUUCAAUUCGAUUUCAA